CGUCAGAGGUGGUAUCAGCUGUGAUUGUGUGCUUUUUCAUGUACAUGGACUGCAGUAAUAACACAGUAAUUCAAUCACUGGCUGCCUGUGGCAGUCGCUCCUGUAAAAACGAGGACUUUGAACACACAAAUUCACAGAGGAAUUUCAACAGCCCAGACAGAGGAUCCUGACAGGCUGGGGUCGUCUAGAAAACACAGAGACGGGGACGUUUUCUUGUUGUUUUUGCCUCACUUUCUGUCUUUGUUGAACUCAGAGGAAAGCAAACAAUGUGGAAAGCUGCCGUGUUUGUGUUCCUGCUGCUAAACAUGGAAAUGCAGGUGAGAGCUGCUGCAGAGGAGAAGACGAGGGACUCUGUGGUGGAAAACAUACCAGAGAAGAAAGUGCAAACAGAAAGCACUCCUGCAGCUGAAACUGCCUCUCCAGGCUUUCUGGGAAACUUGCUGGUGGUGCCCAUGGAUGGGAGUCACUGGGUGGGCAUGAAGGCCAUCGUCCAGGAAAUGGGUCGGCGUGGGCACCGGGUCACAGUGGUGAUACCGGAGGUCAGCAUACGGAUGGGUCCAGGGAAACACUACGACACCGUGGCAUAUCCUGUUCCUUACGACAAGGAUUAUGUCGAUUCUGUGUUGUCCUCGAACAAGGAGGUGUUGCAGAAAUCUGCUCAGUCUUUCAUGGAGAAGAUCAGGAAACGCUUCUCACACAUUCAGAGGAUUACGGGCUUUAUCCACACCACGGCCGAGAGCCUGCUGUUCAAUGACAGCGUGAUCUCACACCUGGCUCAGCAGAAGUUUGAUGCCGUCCUGACUGACCCCAUGGUGCCCACCGGCUCACUGAUAGCUCGUAAAUUAGGUCUCCCCACCAUCAAUCUGCUGAGGGGGAUCCCGUGCUCGUUGGAUAUGAAGGCUGCAGGCUGCCCCUCGCCGCCCUCGUUCGUGCCGCGCUUCUUCACCAGAUACACAGACAAAAUGAGCUUCAAGGAGAGGACGUUUAACACUUUGGUGGCUUUACUGGAGCCGCUGCUGUGCCGGCUGCUGUACUGGCACUUUGACCACAUAGCCUAUCAGUUCCUGGGAGAGAAAGUGGGCAUAGCUGAAGUGCUGUCGGACUCUGAUAUCUGGCUGCUGAGGAUAGACUUCACACUGGAGUUCCCGCGGCCUCUCAUGCCUAACUUUGUACUAGUUGGUGGCAUCAACUGCAACGUGAGAAAUCCUCUGCCGCAAGAUUUGGAGACGUGGCUGUCGGGAGGACACGGCUUUGUGGUGUUCACUCUGGGCACCAUGGUGUCAGAGAUGCCUGUGGAGACGACCUCCGUCUUCCUGGAAGCCUUCAGACAGAUUCCACAGAAGGUAAUAUGGAGGUACACUGGGCAGGUUCCCGACAGCAUCCCCGAAAAUGUGAAGCUGAUGAAAUGGGUGCCUCAGAAUGACCUGCUAGCUCAUCCCUCAGCUCGGGCUUUCAUCACUCACGCUGGCUCACAUGGUCUAUUUGAGGGACUGUGUCAUGCUGUUCCCAUGGUGAUGAUGCCAAUCACGGGGGACCAGCCUGACAACGCGGCGAAGCUGGCGAGCAGAAAGGCCGGAGUGGUGUUGGAUAUUUUUUCGAUCACGACAGAAAGUCUUCUUCAGGCGCUGAAUGAGGUCAUCAAUGACACCAGGUAUAAAGAGAACAUACAGCAGCUGUCGGCGCUCCAUAAGGACCGACCCAACGACCCACUCGACCUCUCGGUGUACUGGACGGAGUUUGUGAUGCGGCACAAAGGUGCAAAACAUCUCAGAUCUGCGGUCCACGACCUCAACUGGUUCCAGUACUUCUGCCUGGACGUGAUGCUGCUGCUGGCUACUGUGGUGCUGGUUUUUAUUGUACUGACUGUAAAAUGUUUGAAACUCUGCUGCUGCAAACUGAGCAGGAAGAGAAAGCAGGACUGACCUGGUGACACAUUAACCCCUUCAUCUCAGCACACUGAUGUUCGGGGAUAAAAGCCAUCAUCGUCAUUAAAAUAUUAAAGAGUAACUUCAGUUUUUUCAGCCUGGA